GGGUAUGCAUCUGAAACGAACUGGACUACGCAGCUUAUUAAGGCAGUUAGACGCAAUCAACUUCCUACCGGUUGAAGGGUUUCCGAAUCAAUUCAGUUCAAAAUCGUGCAAGAAGUGCUCCUCUUAUUCGUCCUAUCCGCCAACUUUUCUGUCGCAGUCGAGAGCAAAAGAGCUGAGAAAGCAAAUGACGUCAUUAGGUAGUGAGAAACGUGGAGGUGAUGAAGUCUCAGCCGACAGCAGAUCAGCCGUCGAAAGCUCAAGCACAAAUGAGACAAAGUUUAAUGAUCCAAAUUCUGAAAUGUCGCGGAGAAACGUCUCCAAUGAGAGCUCAUGGCAGCGGCCAAUAAACGACGAGUCUAUGUUUGAUCGCAUCUUCCAAAUGGACAGAGAGACGAAUGAAUCUAAUCUGAAGCAUCAUCGAGACACAGAAGUUAGCGGAGACUCGGAAUCGGGUAAGUUUUCGGAGCAACGUGAUCAAAGAGAUAGUAUAAAUGAGCCAUUUGAAAACAUCGAAAACGAUAGAGAAAUUCAUGCACCGAAAAGGAUAGGGUUUAAUGAUGACCAAUCCUGGCUUGUCUGCGAUGGAGAAGUUCCAGAGAUUACGGGUAUCAACACUCAAAGAACCAGGAGUCUGCUCAUUUCCAACUUUGCGGCGCCGAAGUCAAACUUCUUCUUGAAAGGGUGGGUGUACCAAUGUAACGAGCAGAACUUAUACGCUCGAGAUUACGCCACAUUAGCAACUGCUGUUGAUAAAUGUGACCUCUAUUUGACUCUUGAAACUGUUUACCUGGCGCUGCAGAUUUUUCCAGGAGGUAUUUUAAGAGUCAACGAGGAAACUCAAAGAAAGCAUUUACAAGCCUUGAUUGAAAAUAUCGUUGAGAAGUUUGAACCAAAGUAUGUGGUAAUUUUGAGUCCGAUUGUGCCAAAAUGCUUCGAGAACUUUAUUGGCCAAGACCCAGAGCAAGUUUUAGAGGACAGCCAGAAAGUCAUCGAUAUAAUUUCAGAAUUCUGUGCUGAAAAUCCCGUUGUGUCCAAGUCAAAAAUAGUGCACUACUCUUUGAAUUCGGCUUUUAGUGUAAAAGGUACAAUUUGUCAAUCCUUAUUUUUCGAACGUGGUAAUGACUUCAAAUUUACUGAGUUUGGGUAUUCAAUGAUAGCCUCGGUGAUUUCAAUGAUAGGCAAGUCUUUAGUACCGAGAACUGAAGAUUCGGCGAAAGGUUUGUCUAUCGGUUAUAAUAACCAGUUAAUUAAUCGAAACGAACAUAAUCAAAAAUAUAGCGGUUCGAGUGCAAGUAGGUACCAAUGGGGAAACGAUUAUCGGCCAAAUAACGAUGAUUACCGGAAACAAAAACGAACCCAAUUUGGCGGUCAUGAUGAAAACAAUUCAAGAUCUAAUAUUGGAUAUCGCAAUUUUAACUACAACCCCAGUAAAAAUCGAGGAAAAUGGCGAAAAGGUGAGACUCAUUCUGAUUCUGAAUCCAUUUACACUACUGAUCGAGAAAAUGGGACACUCAAUAGUUAUGACAGGGAACCUUCUAACUUCGAUGGGUACACCACUAAUAGCAGAUAUCAGAACUCGAAGAAAUAUCCAAAUCAAAGUUUUUCAAAUGUAAGCCACCCAAGGACGAAUUACUUUCAACCACCGAGAAAAAAUAGAUACGAGAAUAAUCCGUAUGCGAACGUCAAUGUAGAACCAUAUAAUGAAGGCUACAAGUUGAAAUAUCGAAGAGCGGACGGGGCUCAAAGUGGGUUUACAGGGAAAUUUGCACUUACCGGUCAUGAUAAGGAAACCUUGAAGCCACACAAGCGAUAUAGGUUGAAGGAAGAUAAUAACGAUAGUUUCAGUUUUGCCGAUUCGAGUAAUGACGAUUAUAAUUGGAAAACUGACGAUGAUGGUAAAUUUGAUUAGAAAGCUGGUUAAAUUGAAACUCAAAUUGGUUAUUGUUUUCUUCUGAUUAGAAAUCCAACAAAAAUAAAACAAACUGGUACGAAUGAAAUUAGAAACGGUAGCAUUGGGAGGGUGGGGUCCUGGUUUCAU